UUAUUCUUGCCUGUGAUGGCACAUUUCUUUGGGUAAGUACAAUUAAAAAUAAAUAAUGCGAAUUAAAUGACUUUUUGCAUGAUUUAUUCUCUUGAAAUUUUCUUAGGUUAAGAAGAAAAAUCAAGAAUUUGGAAAAGCUCCCCACCAACACCCACGAUAACUUUACAGUGAAGAACUAUCUCGUGAACGUUCUUUUUGUUUUUUUAAUUGGGCAAAAAAAUCAUUCGAUGCGUUUAAAAAAUCUAGGGUUUUUAAAAUAAUUAUCACACCCCUCUCGUGACAAAUAAAAAUACCCAGACCUUCUAGGACAUGCGCCCUAGUGCCCCUGCGACACCACGGGGCCGCCCUAGUGGCAGACCAGUGAGUGGAAAAUGUCCAAUGAUCAACUUCUAUUCCAAUACAAUUGAUUUCUCAUUAUCAUCCCCAAUAAAAACUAGAAAAUGUGUCACAUUGUCGUAAUAACUAGUGUCACAUAAAGAAUAAUUUCAUGCUGUCAUCAACACUUCAUAGUGAUAGUUAGUGGAGCUAGAUAAUUUAUGAGAUUGGUUGAAAAUCUUAAUCAGUACAGUGUCAGUCCCAUUCUAUUUUGGUGCGCUGCUGGUGGACUGAAGGAUCACAAUACUUAACCUAAACGUGAGAAUGAGAGACCUUUUUCAAGAUCACAUUCAUUGACUCACACUUCUAUCACUCGUCAUCAAGACUUACUGGCCAAUUGGAGGUUCAUUACUCACGAAUAAUGUCAUGGAGUGCUCACUGUCAACAAACAUGCCUGAUUACCUCGACACACUUGACAGUCGAUGCAGUACAAAAUUACUACAAGUCGAUUGCACGAGUGCUGGCUCCGUAAACAGUGGCUUACACUCUAAUUCAUCUCAAGAAUCAUCACGAAAACAUAACCACGAAGAGAGGAAUUUUGUAUGUAACUGUCAAAUCGAGAUGUCGAAGUUGAUGUUGUUGAUGAAUUUUUUAAAGAAUUUAUUACUAGUAUGUAAGCGAUCCAAUGAUUUUGCAAGAGAGAGUGUAGCACCAAUUAUGAGGUUAUCUCUGACAAUGACACUGAUCCUCGUGAUUAUUCAGUUAUUACCAAUGGCAAGCGCCACUCAACCCCUUGGCAAUCCCUAUCAGAUCCUCGGUGUUCACAGGCGUUCGACCUUCCAGGAUAUUAAGAAAGCGUACAAGAACCUCGUCAAGGAGUGGCACCCCGAUAAAACAGAUCAUCCCGAUGCUGAGGAUAAAUUCGUGGAGAUAACCAAAGCUUACGAACUCCUCUCAGACCCCGAGAGACGAAGAAAUUUUGAUAACCAUGGCAUUACCGAGGAGGGCUCCAAGUUCAGACAAGAGCGCAGCCACUUUCAGAUGCCUGAUCCUCUCAAGGAGUCGUUCGGCGGGAAUUUCAAAUUUCAUUACCAAAGUCGAGAUAUAUCAUUUUACCAUAAGAUGAGUGUAACGUACAGGAUGUACGAGCACAUAAUUCUUCCAAAGAGCUUCCGCAGCCCCUACCUGAUGCUCUUCUACUCCGAGUGGUGUUUCACCUGCAUCCAGAUCCAGCCGACGUGGCGCCGACUGAUGAAUGAACUGGAGCCCCACGGUGUGACGUUCGUUACCGUUCACGGCGAGCGUGAGUCAGCUUUCAAGAGGCGAGUGGGUGUCCACUCGAUUCCCUGCCUCGCCGUGACCAUGGAUGGUCGAACGAGUAUCUAUAAGGAGUCCCUGUUCAACGUCCCCAAGAUAGUCGAAUUUCUCCGGAAUAAAUUCCCCUACAAGCUCAUCCCAAAGAUAACAAACAACAACAUCGAUCACUUUUUGUCAGGUUGGAGAGAUAACAGAAUUCGAGCUCUGAUAUUUGAGAAGAAGGACUUUCAGAGGCUUCGUUACUUGCUAGUAGCGUUCCACCAUAGGGAAAGGGUGGCAUUUGGCUUCGUGCAGGUUGGCAAACCAGAGACUGAGGCUAUCACCGCGAGAUACAAAAUAUCAGAGGAUUUAAAUACAUUAUUACUGUUCAAUGAGAACUCUGAGAAGCCAAUGGCGUCAGUCAGUAUGAAGAACAUCUCCAGCGAGACAAUGCACAACGUCAUAGCUAAUAAUAAGUUCCUGGUGCUGCCCCGGCUGUCUAACCAAGCGGUGUUGGACUCUGUCUGUCCUCCAGAGUGGUUUCGACCUCAGAAACGUUUGUGCGCUGUUUUGAUAUCUCAAAACAGUGCCAUUCACGAUUUAGCCAGGCACAGGUUCAGGCAGGCAGCUCUGGAGUCGCCGUACAGUCCAGAGAAGGUGAGAUACACAUACGUCUACAAGGAGUCCCAGCCGCAGUUUGUGUCUGCUCUUUGUGCUGGAGAAGACAGUCCCCUCGAGCCCCUUCUGCACAUUGUCAUCAUCUGGAGGAGAGACGCCAGUCAUCUCAAGUACCAGUGGCUGUCGAGUGGAUGGCUAGAUGCUGCUGAAGACGAGAACAAGUGGAACGAAACCAGGAGAAAGCUCGAGCAGACUAUCCAGCGGUUGCUCAGGAUUACCGAGGCUCUCCCCUAUGCCGCUAAGGUUGAAGAACUUGCUGAUGAACAUGCUCAAGGGACUGUGGACAGGCUCAUUGGAAGAGCUCUGCUCGCCGUCGAUUAUAUAUCUGAUAAUCUAACGAAGGAGCAAAUUCUCCCACUCAUUUCGGUGAUCGCCUCGUUGUUGUUUAUUGGAGCUGCUGGGUACGGGGUGUCGUACUUGGUGAAGCUGGAGGAACUGAGUGUACAGAGCAAGCAGGGGCAGUUUAAUAAGGAAAAUUCCAAGGGAAAUGCCGCUCAGCCGCAGUUGAGGUUACACGACAUGAGGGCUGAGAAGUACAAUGGGCUUGUGAGGCUGCUUAAACCUGGAUGCAGGACUAUCAUUCUGAUUGUCGAUGCCCAGAGUAGGCUGAAGCUACUUCCUGCGUUUCAUAGGGCGGUCUGGCCCUACAGGAAAAAUAAGACACUUAUGUUUGGACACUUGUCUCUGGAACGCGGACUCGAGUGGUACAAGAAAAUCCUCUCAUUGAGUCUCCCAGAGCCGAAAGAAUUGAAUAUUAACCCAAAAAAUUGUGUUGGCACGGUAUUGGCAUUGAAUGGGCAUAGAAAGUAUUUUUGUAUGUACCAUGCCAAACAUCCGGAAUGUAGUAGAGGAAAAGGAGCGAAGCGAAUGGAACGAAUGACGAAACAUUUUAGUCGUCGAAAUGAGGAUGCCGAGGCUGGUGCAUUCAUCGGUUUCGACAGCUCUAGUGACUCUGACAUGUCACAAGACGAGUUGGAUAACAGUGUUUUGUACCAAGACAGACUGCUAGACGGUCUGCCCAACUGGUUAGAUAGACUAUUCGAAGGUUCAACGCAACGUUACUACAUUAAUUAUUGGCCAGAUUUCACUGCCAAAUAAGACGAGGUCUGUUGUACGUUCAUUCAUUUCGUAUAAAUGCCUUUUAAUUGUAAUGAAACUACAUACAGGUGUCUUGAAUCUCGUCAUUGAAGUGCGGUAAAACGGAUAUUUAUUGAUACCAAUAAAAUUAAGUUUCAAGCCCAUCGUAAAGAGAUAAUUAGGAAAGUGUGGGGCAAAAUGGACACUUGGUAUUUUUUUAAUUUCCCAACUCAGUUUAGAAGGGCGGUUAACACCUGAGAAAAAAAUGAAGGGCCCAUUUUAUCCGACUUAUCCUCGCAUAAAUCACCACUAUGGAGUAACGUUAAGAUUCAGGAAAGUCUUAUUAUUUUCCAUGAAUCUGCGUAGGUGCAUUAAUAAUUUAUAUUCUAUCGUUCAUGAUCAUCUGAGAAACGAUUAUUUCUACGUUAAUUUACGUGAAUUUCAUCGCAGAGUUGUGAACUCUGAAUAUGUGUCAUUGUUUCCAUCGUACCUAUCUAUGUACGAUAAUACCACUGGUUAAUAUAUUUAAUUAUUAAUAAUCUAGUCUGAGAAAAUGAACUGGAAAAAACAGUUUUGAUGUUUUCAAUGCCAAAUUAAUUAUCAAAACCCGGCGGGAUUGAUAAUUAAUCAUCGGUUCGUUCAUUGAGAGGUGAAAAUGGUUGAUAAAGUCUCGUUAUCGAUUGGAAAUUGGGAUCAAAGGCAACCAAAUGAAUCAAUCGCAUUUAACUACUGUCAACUGACUCAAUUGACCAGAAAGAGAAUAAUAUUUCUGAAAUUUUUAAUCUACAACCACCAUUUAAAUACAAAUCGCAUUCUCAACUCUAGUCCUUCAAUAAAUUCAGUUACGAUGAUCGAUUAAAAAUGAAAUAUAGAUUAAAAAAUUAUAGAUUCGGUAUAGUUAUUCCGUAAUUUCAUGAAUUAUAAACUAAUGUUUAUGUUACACGGUUUAUCUAUUACUUAAAGCGAAGAGAAUAAAUCAAGGGUAAUUUAAUAGGAAUCAAAUAUUUCUCGACAAUCUUCUACCCGUUAAAGAAUUGCAAUGAAAUGAUUACAAAAGCUAAAUAGAUUAAAUCGAGAAUGCUUUGAUACCUCAUUCCUUCUUCUUCUGCCUCGUUAUCGAUCUUCAGUAGUUAUCGUAUGUACUAGUUAUUUUAGAGGAACAAAUUGUCAGCAGGGAUUUCUUAGAUAAAUCGAGAACCUUUAAAAAUUGAAAAACGUCUAACAAACUAAGUGUUAAGGUUGUGCUAUGCAUGAUCUACACUCGCAGAAUCUUUAUACAAAUUUAAUAAUGCACCACAAUCCUGUCUUCACUUCUGUGAAACCUCGAGCGAAGAAAAAAUAAAAUUAUGAGGGAUAACAAAGAGUCAUUACCUAUUUGGAUGAAAAAUGCGGCACAUGAACAAAAUAAUAACUAUUGAAAGAACACUCACCUAAACGUCCCUAAAGUUUUUUAUGUAUAUACUAUCGAGAAGUUGUAAUAUCUAGAUCAUUACCAUUUCAAUGACUUUAUACAGUGAAAUUAUUAAAUAAAAGUUAUACCGAAA